ACGUGCAAGGAAAAGGAAGUGAGAAUUUUGAAAGCCACAGCAGUUGCCAUCUAGCCACAUUUUCCUGAUCAAUAUUGAUGUUGCAACAAGCUUCUGUAAAUUCUGCUUCUAUAAAUAUACAAUGCGUCUUUAAAGUCCAUACUUUGAUCGCUCAUAAAGAACAAGCUGUCGUGCAUUGGGUGUCAUGUCACCCUGUAAUUGUAAGAGCUAGCUACUAACUAAUGCCUGUGCCUAGCGGCGACGGGUCGAAGAGCGUACACCUGUGCUAGCUAUCCAUCUAAUUUGUGAGAAUAUCCAGUAUACUAGUAGCUUGUUAGCACCCAACCCAAGGAAGGUACAUUUUGACAGAAUGCGAUGGGAAACUGCUGGGCUUAUUGUUCUGGAAUCUUCAGAAGAGAAGCGAACAGGAUACAACGAGGAGGCGGGUCAAAAUACUUUAGAAGCAGUACUACUGGGGAACAUUACACAAUAGAGUUUGAAAACCUUGUUGAGAGCGAUGAGGCGGAGAGCCCACAAAGCUGUCCCAGGCCUAUCAGUGAAGAUGAGAUCAUCCACCUCAAAGAGCACCGGUAUGCUGCAAUUUCCGAUCAGCAGACCUUGAUAGACAAGAAGUUGCAAGCAGAGUUAUUAGCACAAGAGGAGAAGUUAAGGCUAGAAGAGGAGGCUAGAAAUGCUGCCCAGCGUGAGGCCGCCAGGCUGGCAUGCGAGCGAAAGCUAAAGGAGCAACAGCUUGCACAACGGAAAAAAGGCAAGGCAGAAGGCAAAAGUGGCGCAGCCCAUCCAAGAAAGCAUGGCUCAGUUAAAGACUUUGAUGUCUACCUACAGAAUGUGAAAGUCACGUCGGAAGCCUUCAGGAGCAGCAGGCUGUCUUCUGAGACUAAUGUGAUCACUCCCAACACGGAGAGCAGCUGGGACUUCAACACCAAGACCCGCUCCACCAACGAUGACGGAACCUCACUGGACCUGGAGUGGGAGGACGAGGAAGGGAUGAACCAGGCGGUCCCAGUGUGGGAGAGGUCUAAAACCGAGGAGGACAUACUCCGAGCGGCACUCCGGCCGGGUGGGAAGCAGACGACCAGCGGUCCGGCCUCCGCCUCGGAGGAAUCCAACGCCCUGGAGUGGGAGAACGACUUUGUGAGCGCGCACGGCGAGGAUAAUGCUGAGGAGAAUGCAGAGGACUCUGAAUACGAGUGCUUUGUCAACCCCGUCAUGGAUAUGGACACCCCAUCUGAGGAAACACCACCAGUAGAGAUCACUGCACCGGAGACUGUGGAGAGAUAGUCCUCAUCGCCGGGGGAACCAGAGUAAAAUCCUAGCAUUAGCACACAUUUUUGUUCGUUUGUCCUCAUUGGCUGGGGGACCAGUUUUGAUUUGACAAUCUUCUCUUGUGUUAAUUAAGCCUUAGUUGGAGUGACAACAUUUUCAUGUCAUCCAGUGCAUCAUUGAAUCAAGUGCAAUUUGCAGAUCUAGUUUGGAGUGAUAGUGAUUGGGUUUUUAUUUGUGAGAGGGCUACAGUGUCUUCACAGUUAAAAUGAACAGAAAACAUAUAGGGACACAUACAAUAAAAGCAACAACUUUC